AUGUCAAUCAAACAUGCAAUAGCCAAAAUUAGGAAGGCUAGUUUAUCCGAUAGUGAGCUGAUCCCGCCUCGCCACAGCCUUUCGCAUUUUAUCCAUGGACGCGAGUUUGUCAACUCGAGUGAUGAAACGAGCGAUGAUAACGAAUCCAUGAGCAGGAAGGAGCUUAAACGUCAAGCGCGACAACAGGCAAAAUCACAAUCCCGCUCGAGAUUAAGCGAAGACUCUAGCAUCGAUCUUGCACGAAAGAAGGAAAGAGAUGAACAAGCCGCAAAAGAGGAGACGGAAGAGAUGAGGCGGCGGUAUGGCGAUUUACCCUUAAUGCAGUCGCAGAGCCGCUUUGGGAAAAUACUCACACAAUUCGACGCGAUCACUUCCGCGAUGGAUGGUCAAGAAAUUACAUUCCGCGCGCGAAUUCAUGUCAUACGCAGAAUGGGCACGAAGCUAGUGUUCAUUGUUUUUCGCCAGCAGGUGGCUACGUUGCAAGGCGUCCUUACUGAGACAGAGGGCGAGAUAUCCACGCUCAUGGUACAAUGGGCUGAACAUCUUCGGGUUGGCUCUAUAUUGAAAGUAAAGGGCGUGCUUCGAAAACCUGCUAUCCCAAUCAUCGGAACAACUAUUCACGAUAUCGAAGUGCAGAUUAAGGAAUCUCAUGUAGUUGUGAGAAGAGACGAACCUGUUCCAUUCAGCGUUUAUGAGGCCGAGUUACCAGCUGCGGAUGAAGAAAGGAUCGAAGGUAGACGCACUCGAGUUCCGGACCGGACAAGGUUAGCAAACCGCAUUCUCGAUUUACGUACCGACACCUCCCAGUCUAUUUUUCGCAUUCAGUCUGCGAUUUCUUCCCGCUUUCGUUCAUCCCUAGACGCAAAUGGAUUUAUUGAGAUACACACACCCAAGCUACAGGGUGCAGCUACAGAAUCAGGGGCCAGCGUUUUUAAUGUGAAUUAUUUCAAUCGACCUGCGUUUUUAGCACAGAGUCCCCAGCUUGCUAAGCAAAUGGCUAUCGCUGCAGAUUUUGAACGAGUCUACGAAAUUGGUGCUGUGUUUCGUGCAGAAAAUUCAAACACCCAUCGCCAUUUAACAGAGUAUACCGGUCUAGAUAUCGAAAUGGCUAUUGAAGAGCACUAUCAUGAGUCCCUCGAAAUUCUCGACCAAACACUUAAAUCAAUAUUUGCAGCAAUUUACGACAAUUACCAACGCGAAGUACGAAUCAUUCAACACCAGUUUCCUUCCGAAAACCUAGUCUGGCUUGAUAAAACUCCGAUUUUCACAUUCAGUGAAUGUAUCAGAAUGCUUAACGAAUCCGGAUGGCGAUCAGAAGAUGGAAAUGAAUUGUCUGACCUUGAAGAUCUCGGAACUCGUGAUGAGAUUCAGCUCGGUGCUUUGAUUAAGGAGAAGUACCAUACCGAUUAUUACAUCAUUGACAAGUUUCCUGCUACAGCUCGUCCCUUUUAUGCGAUGCCAGAUCCUAAGGAUGACCGAUUUACCAACUCGUAUGAUAUCUUUGUUCGGGGCCAGGAGAUUGUGUCCGGUGGACAGCGUAUCCAUGACCCAGAACUGCUAGAGCAGCGUAUGAAAAAACUGGGCGUAGAUCCUUCUUCUAUGGAAGAAUAUAUGGAGGGCUUUCGAUGGGGUGCGCCUCCACACGCCGGUGCUGGCAUCGGCCUCGAGAGACUGCUUAUGCUUAUUUUGAAACUGGGCAAUAUUCGACUGGCUUCCAUGUUUCACCGCGAUCCUAAAAGCUUUCCAGCUCAAGAUCAAACAACGAUGCUUAGACACCCAGAAGCGUCUACCCUUGAUCGCCCAUGGGAUAAUGAUGCCAAAUCAGAAACAUCGAAUACCCCUGGGGAACGCAAACUGCAAGAUCUGGAAGAACUCAUUGCGAAUUAUGGAGAUUCCACCUCUACCUCUUGGUUUGAUGAUCGCUUUUUAAUAUGGCGGGAUACUAUUACGGGCGCUGCGGUUUCUUAUGUGCCUAUUCACGGCCACGCCAUCAUCUCUGGUAAUCCGCUGUGCGAUGUGUCGCAAUAUCCAAGAAUAGUCACGCAGUUUCUUCGAUGGCUCAAGAAGGAAACGAAAUUGAGACCUAUUUGGCUGCUUUGUUCUAUAGAAGUUGAAGAAAUUCUCGGCGACAAGCUGGGGUGGCGUAGCCUCUCUUGCGUCGCUGAAGAACGUGUUGACCCGUCGCGCAACCAGGUGGUAUCAGAUGGUGAAAUUGCCCGUAAACUCCGACAAGCUGAAAAAAAUGGCGUUAAAAUCACUACACUUAAAUUUGGCCAGGCAGUUCCUGGAGAGAUUCAGAACAAGAUUGAUAUUCGGAUCCAAGAUUGGCUUGCGAACCGCAAGGGAACACAGAUUCAUCUUUCUCAAAUUACUCCCUGGCGUGACCAGCGCCACAGGCAAUACUUCUAUGCCACUGAUCAUGAAGGGAAAAUAUGCUCUUUCGUUACCCUUGCUCAACUCUCUCCCCGAAAUGGCAUGCAAGUCAAAUACAGUUUCGACUUUCCCGGCUCGCCAUCUGGGUCCAUCGAGUACAUCGUAACCCAUGCCAUUCAGAGUGCUGGUCGAACUGGCGUCAAAACACUUACAUUUGGGGGUGGAGCCACUGCGCAUUUGACCCCGGGUCACAAUAUUAGCAGCACCAAGGCAAAAUUCCUGUCAAAAACAUACGAUACUAUUGUUAGACAAUUCAAGUUGAAUCGGAAAACGGAGUUUAGAGCGAAGCUAGGUGCCCUUGAAGAUCCCAUGUAUAUUGCAUACCCAAAACAUGGCUUGGGAACCAAAGGGAUUAGAGCCAUUUUGAGCUUUUUUGAAGACUAG